AUGGCGUCCCGGUGCAGCCUCUCCGCUUUAUUUACCUCCCAGAAUGAGCUGGAUAUCGGCUUAGAGGAGGCCCAAACACCGCAGGAGAAAGAGGAGCUUGUGCUUAAGUAUUUGAGGAAGCUAGACGAGAGACAGGACCUGAAGAUACCGGAUUUCCAAACGGGCUUGGAAUGGCUGAACACAGAGGGGCCUCUGUCUUUGACCGGGGAUCUGGCUGGAAAAGUGGUGCUGCUGGACUUCUUCACCUACUGCUGCAUCAACUGCAUGCACAUCCUUCCUGAUCUGCACCAGCUCGAGAAGAAACAUUCCGUCGAAGAUGGAUUGGUUAUUGUUGGUGUACACUCUGCCAAAUUCCCAAAUGAAAAGGUCUUUGACAAUGUUCGCAGCGCCGUCCUCCGCUAUGACAUCUGCCACCCGGUGGUGAACGACAGCGAGGCGAGCCUCUGGCAUGAGCUGGAGGUGUCCUGCUGGCCCACGCUGGUCCUGAUCGGACCACAUGGCAACCUGCUUUUCUCCCUGGUGGGCGAAGGCCACCGGGACAGGCUGAUGCUCUUCACUGACUGCGCCCUCCGUUACUACAGGGAGGAGGGCUUUCUGAAGAACCACAAAGUGGGAAUCAAGCUGUACAGAGACUCCCUGCCACCCAGCAUCCUGUCUUUUCCUGGAAAGGUGGCUGUUGACAACAGCAAGAAACGACUGGCCAUAGCUGACACUGGGCAUCACCGGAUUCUGGUGGUGUCCUCUACCGGACAGCUGUCGCAUGUCAUAGGAGGGCCAGAAAGUGGGAGACAAGAUGGGGACCUGUCUGAAGCUUCCUUUAACUCCCCUCAGGGUGUGGCCAUUAGGGGGGAGACGGUGUACGUGGCCGACACAGAAAACCAUCUAAUCCGAAAGAUUGACCUGUUGGAGGGAAGAGUCAGCACGCUCGCUGGCACAGGAGUUCAAGGCACAGACAAAGAGGGUGGAGCUUCGGGACCCCAGCAGCCAAUCAGCUCGCCUUGGGAUGUGAUUCUCGGCACUGCCGGCGGGGUGGAAGAUAACGUGCUGUGGAUCGCCAUGGCAGGGACCCACCAGAUCUGGGCUCUGUUUCUAGCAGAUGGAAAUCUGCCCAAAGGAAGUGUGUUGAAGGCGGGAACGUGCGUGCGAUGGGCCGGCAGCGGCAGCGAGGAGAACCGAAACAACUCCUACCCCCACAAGGCGGGCUUCGCUCAGCCUUCAGGCCUGGCUCUGGCCCCGGAGGAGCCCGGGGGCUGCCUGUUCGUGGCCGACAGUGAAAGCAGCACCAUCCGCACCCUCGCGCUGAAGGAUGGAGGUGUCAAGCUGCUGGUCGGGGGAGAGCGAGACCCGAUGAACCUCUUUGCUUUCGGGGAUGUAGAUGGGAAAGGGGUGGAUGCCAAGCUGCAGCAUCCCCUCGGUGUGGCCUGGGCUCCGGAACAAAGCCUGCUCUAUGUGGCCGACUCCUACAACCACAAGAUCAAGGUGGUGGAUCCGAAGACAAAGCAGUGUUGCACAUUAGCAGGGACGGGAGAGGCUGGAGAUGCUCUGGGCCCCGAAUUUGACAAAUCAUGCUUCAACGAACCCGGAGGAAUCUGUGUUGGCCAGGACGGGAAGCUUCUAUACAUCGCGGAUACCAACAACCACCAAGUCAAAAUCCUGGACUUGGCCUCCAAGACUGUCUCACUGUUCCCCAUGUCCAUGGACUGCACGGACUCGGCACCUUCCCGACCUGCCAAAGCCCCCACGCUGCCUAAGUCCGCCGUCAGGAAAGCAAUGCCACCGGUAGCGGUGUCUGCGGGCCAGUCUCUCGUCCUGUCGCUCAGCCUGUCCCUCCCAGAAGGAACCAAACUCACCGAGGAGGCCCCCAGCUGCUGGGCCCUCUCGGCCGAGGGUAACGAGUGGCUGCUUGACAACAAGGUGGUUACGGGUGACAUAUUGGAUCUGUCCAGGCCCCUCUGCGUCUCAACCAAACUUCCAGCUGUUGUUAAGGACUCCACCGGCGAGGCAAGCCUCACUCUGGGGGUAUGGAUGUACUACUGUAUAGAGGCAGGUCAAGCCUGUACCAUGAAAGCAGUCUCCUUCACUCAGCCUCUACAGAUAAGUGCCAGUCCCGGAGAGGAAGAGCUCACCGUGGCUUUGGAUCAUGCCUUCUAAAACUUCUCCCUUGGUCCAAACAGCCGGAGAAUCCACUUUUCUUUUAAAUGUCAGGGCUUAACUAAAACAAAGAUUGUUUGUACCGGAGCCGUCGCUUUUAUCAAAAAUGCAUUUGGUACAAACCAGAUUUUUCUGCAUUAUUUCAUUUCGGACCGCUCCGAAGCUCCUUCUCCAAAUUGUAAUGCAUCACUGCUGUAAUGUUGUUUACUGUGCAUGACGGUUAUUGAUGGGAAUGCAAAUAGAUUUAUCCCCGGGCAUUUUUACUGAAGGCUGAACGGCAAACACAACAGCAGGCUAAAAAAAACACUACACUAUAUAUUUAUACAGCGAAUUUCCUAUUGGUUAAGUUAAAGACAGAAGCCAGAAAACUGUCUCUAUUAGAAAUGUAUAUUUUUAUACAUGAAGAAGUUCAUCUCAAAGACACUUUGUGUGUCAGAAAAUACCUGUACCUCCAAAAAUAAAGGCCUCUCUAUGAAAUGAAUGAGAAACUUUUAUGUUGAUGAUCUAAUUGGCAGGUGGUGAUAGAGCUGUCUGAUGAUCUGAUAAAUGAUGUGGAGGAUUUAAAUUGUUAAAAAACAAAGUAGCAGCUGAAGCCUCUGAUCAGCUUCGUAUUCUCACCUGAACCAGCAGAUGGACGAGAAAAUCAAAGACACAAAAUAAUCAGACGCCUUCUGUUUGAAUUUAGAAAAGUGCAGAGAAAAAGUGCAGAGACUGAGCUUUUCCUUCUGCCAUUGCUUUUGAAUGCUAAUGCAGAGUUAUGGCCUCUCUCGCAGACGUACUAUAUUGAAACCUUAAUCUCAGUCUGAGGAAAGAAGCAUUAAGUUUUAAGUAAGGCCAGAAAUGAAACUUUAUGAGAAGUUAUCUAUCCAGGGAAUCACGUUUUUAUUUUAUUAUCAUUAAUAUAUUAAAGAUGUCAAGCACCAGGGUAUUUACUCAACUCUUGACUUUUUUUCUUUGAAACAGGAUAUGUAUGUUGUUGCUUUUGCCUUCACAUGCACCGAUCAAGCUCCUGUAAACACUUGUGCAUCGUGAGUCUUCUCGAGUCGGUUACAGUUCAUCGUCUCUUGAGGCGACAGUCGACUUAUUGUUCUGUGCAUCCGCUCUCUCUCUCUCUCUCUCUCUGUGACUGAUUAUUCCUCUAAUAAGGAUUAUUUAUGGCACGAGGAGUCCGUUUGAUUAAGACCGUUUAAAAUAUUGCCGUUAUGUAAGCGAAUGAAUAAAGUGCCUGUUUCCAAUAAAGGGAAGAUGACCUCCGGUGAACCGAUGACACCGACUGACUUCUGCUCGCUGUGUGCACUCUGAACAGAUCACUAUCUCUCCCCGUGCAUCUGUACAGCUCAUUUCUCCAAUACAAAGGGAGCUUGAUAUGAAAGAGAUGCUCUAAUGACGCCGCGCUGUAAUACACCGUGUGCGUUGUUGUUGUGUAACACAAUAUGAUAAUGUGCAAGUUGUCAUUUGUCAUUUUCUCCUUUAUUAGUUUUCAAAGUUAUUAGCUGUUGUCAGACCGGGGCCAUCGGAGUGUUUUGAUUGUCAUCGCUGUCAUCAUGUCUCGUGAUUUAAUUUUGUGCUUGUCUGACUUUACUUUAUUAUAUUUAUUAUUAUUAUUAUUAUAAUAAUUAUUAGGUUUGGCUCUCGGCCCCAGUGCCUUGGAUAAGAGGUGUCACUGUAUGAACGGUGGGAGGCGAUGACACUUUGACUGUAUCGGAAGCAAUAACAAUAUAUUUCUGUCUUGGGAAAAAGCCAUUUAUUUAUUCUUUCUUUCUGCACAAGUUUCACCAGGGUUCCUUCUCCGCUCUAUGAUCCCUCUGGAAUUUCCUAAUGAACAGUAAUGAGCUUGAGAGGGUGUGCAUUAAGUUCCUGAUGGUGUUUACUAAGUCUCGCUUGAUUGCUCCUCUCUGAACUCGCAUGCUUUUGUCUUGGAAGGUACCUCGUUAGUCAGUGCCACUCUGUAAGCUGCAGAACAACUAAUAAAAACAUUUUGGAUACCUGA